UCCUUCCUCUCCCUGCCAUGCCUCCACCCCCAGGGCCUGGGGACAGGCAGGUGAAUGGACUCCUGGAAACAGAGGAAGAGUGGGCUCAGCCUCUCUCUUCGUUGCAGCUCUGUACUUGAUGUCUUCCUGCCCCUCAGGGAGCCGGUCUCCUAGGUCUCUCCGCUUCCUCUCCAAGUGUCCUAACAGUCGGGUCCUGGCAGGGAUAUGGUUUAUCUUCUUCUCCGUGUGCCUCUGGCUCCCAGGCCUUAUUCCUUUUUCAGCCUGGGUCCAAGUCCCUGUCCCGGGUUGCUCCCCACCCGCCUGGUGUUUCUGCGUAUGUCUGUGUGUCUUUCUCUCCUUGCCUGGCUCUUUUUGAAUGUGCCUCCCUCACCCUCACCCUCACCCCUGCCUGUUUCCUCCUAAAAGACCCUUAUCACCAUCCCACGCCCUGUAGCUGUUUUCUUCAUCUUGGGUUGGACUGGCUGAUGAGAAUAGAAACCCCAAGAGAGUGGGGAUUCUGGUCUGUUUUGUUCCCGGUGGUGUUGGCCGGCCUGACAUCCUGACGGUAUAUCAAGGGGACCGAGUGGCUUGCGGGCAGGGGCUCAGGGGUGAAUGAGGGGUUGCUUGCAUGUCUGGGACUCUGGCUGCUCCAGGAUGCUGGUGCCGUUUUCUCUACAACCCCCAUCCCCUGUCUGCCUCUGGUGCCCUUUCACUUGCAGGUGCCCUCUUGUCUUUUCUUGUCCACAGGCCUUAUCCUUCCUCUCCCCUUUCCUCCCCACUCCUUGGGGGUCCUGAACUCUGACCCCUGCCCUCCUGCCCCCCCACCCCACCCCUAUAGAGGCUGGACCUUUCGCUGACCUGGAACCAGGGCCCUGGGGCCGGGAGUACCCUAGACAGGGCCAAGGGCAUGGCCCCACCAGCACCGUCCCUGGCUACCAGCACCCCGAUCCUGCAUGGGGAGUUCGGCUCCUACCCGGCUCGCGGCCCCCGCUUUGCCCUCACGCUCACACAGCAAGCCCUGCACAUCCAGCGGCUGCACCCGAAGCCAGAAGCCCGGCCCCGGGGCGGCCUGGUCCCGCUGUCCGAGGUCUCCGGCUGCUGCACCCUGCGCAGCAGAAGCCCCUCGGACUCCGCGGCCUACUUCUGCAUCUAUACCUAUCCGCGGGCCCGCCGAGGGACCAGGCGCCGAGCCACGCGCACCUUCCGGGCCGAUGGGGCGGCUGCCUACGAGGAGAACCGUGCCGAGGCGCAGCGCUGGGCCGCCACCCUCACCUGCCUGCUCCGGGGGCUGCCGCUGCCCAGGGAUGGGGAGAUCACCCUGGAGAUAUUGCCUCGGCCGCCACGCUUGCUCCUAUUGGUCAAUCCUUUCGGGGGGCGUGGCUUGGCCUGGCAGUGGUGUAAGAGCCACGUGCUGCCUAUGAUUGCUGAAGCGGGACUGUCUUUCAACCUCAUUCAGACAGAGCGGCAGAACCACGCCCGGGAGCUGGUGCAGGGGUUGAGCCUGAGCGAGUGGGACGGCAUCAUCACGCUCUCGGGGGACGGGCUCCUCUACGAGGUGCUGAACGGGCUCUUGGCCCGCCCCGACUGGGAGGAGGCCUUGAAGACACCCGUGGGCAUCCUCCCGUGUGGCUCCGGCAAUGCGCUGGCGGGAGCAGUGAACCAGCAUGGCGGGUUCGCGCCGGCCAUCGGCCUGGACCUCCUGCUCAACUGCUCGCUGCUCCUGUGCCGGGGUGGCGGCCGUCCGCUAGACCUUCUCUCAGUGACGCUGGCCUCGGGCUCUCGCUGUUUCUCCUUCCUGUCCGUGGCCUGGGGCUUCGUGUCGGACGUGGACAUCCAGAGCGAGCGCUUCAGGGCCCUGGGUAGCGCCCGCUUCACCUUGGGCACGGUGGUGGGCCUCGCCACGCUGCACACCUACCGCGGACGCCUCUCCUACCUCCCCGCCACCGCCACCGGGGAGCCCGCCUCGCCCAGGCCUGGGUCCGCCCACAGCCUGCCCCGUGCCAAGUCGGAGCUGACCCUGACCCCAGAACCAGCUCCACCUGCAACCCACUCCCCCCUGCACCGCUCUGUGUCCGACUUGCCCCUGCCCCUACCUGCCUUGGCCUCCCCUGGCUCACCUGAACCCCUGCCGGUGCUGUCCCUCAACGGUGGCGGCCCGGAGUUGGCUGGGGACUGGGGCGGGGCUGAGGAUGCCCCGCUGUCGCCAGACCCGCUGCUGCCUUCUCCCCCUUGCUCCCCGAGAGCUGUCCUCUCACCCAUCACCAAGGAGCCCUCGGAAAUGCCAGCGCCCCCUGGGCUCCCGCCUCCCUGCCCCGAUGGUCCUGAAAUUGCCUCCAACUGGGGCCCGCCCGACCACCUCUUGCCGCCUCUGGGUGCCCCCCUGCCCACGGGCUGGGUGACGAUGGAGGAGGACUUUGUGCUCAUGUUGGCCAUCUCGCCCAGCCACCUGGGGGCGGACAUGGUGGCAGCCCCGCACGCCCGAUUUGAUGACGGCCUGGUGCACCUGUGCUGGGUGCGGGGCGGUAUCUCACGGGCCACCCUGCUGCGCAUUUUCCUGGCCAUGGAGCGGGGUAGCCACUUUGGCCUGGGCUGCCCCCAGCUGGGCUACGCCGCGGUGCGUGCCUUCCGCCUAGAGCCGCUCACACCCCGCGGUGUGCUCACGGUGGACGGGGAGGUGGUGGAGUACGGGCCGGUACAGGCGCAGGUGCACCCGGGCCUCGCGACACUCCUCACUGGGCCGCCCGGGCUCCUGGGGCCGGAGCCCUGAGGCUAGCCCACCGCCUGGAGCCCGCCGAGGGCGGGGCUUACAUUCCAAUGGGCGGAGCCCGAGGUGGCGGAAAGCCCCAGUGCCCUGCCCGGCCUGUCUCAGGGUUGCACCCGCCCCCUGGUGAUUGGACCGGGAGCUAGACGGUGGCCUGAAUCCCAGGGGCGGGCACGCAGUUGACAGGUAAAAUGAGCGCUGCGUGAGAGUAGUGCCUGAUCGACGAGGGCGGGGCAUGGCGUAUGCGCUCCGCAGGGGGCGUGGCUCUGACCAGACCCUCCCCUCCGCUUCCGGCUUGGAGACCAGGUCGACUGAGGGCGGAGCCGAGCUAGCGCAUCGCCCAAUGACAGGAUCUGGAAGACCGGGGCCGAGGGCGGCCGUCAUUGGCCCGUCAGGGCCGAGAUCUUGCCCCAUCCACUCCGGUGCCUCCACUUCCACGGCCUACCGGUCCUGGAGGGGCAGGUUUCCCGCGCUCCUAUUUGCACUAAGGUUUCCGACCCUGCCCCCGCCGGUGCGGGCGGGGAAGCUCCGUCUGUCUGUCUGCUGUGCGCCCUGGUACUUGACCCCAGUCUUCAAAGCAAUUGAAAAGGUCUAUGCAAUAAAGGCGCUCGCUUCAUUCCCCUCGGA